CGGCGGCGUGGGAGUCGCGCAUGCGCCCUGCCGUAUCGCCGGUCUCCUCAGGGCUGAGGGACGGUGUCGGCUAUGGUGGGCGGGCGGCUGGGCGCGGCGGGAGAGCUGCUCCGCGAGCUGCUGGUUGAGGAGGCCCCGCCUCGCAUCGCGGCCCUCAUUGAGGAGCUGUUCCGGGCGGCGGGGGCCCUCGGCGAGGCGGACGGCGGCGCGGCGGAGGUUGAAGAGGGUGCAAUAAGCCUUUGGAACUGGGCUGUAACCAAACACACGGGUUCUAUCAUCAGCGAUGAGCAAAGGGCUAAAUUGAGAUUUGUUGCUUGCAGGCUGGUGCACCUUUGUGAAGGCAGUGAUCCUCCGGAGGGAACCAUUCGGAGGCAGAUUUUGAUGUCGAUGAAAACUGGAAAAGGGUGGAUAGAUAUUGGCAAAGCUGAUGUUGCUGAUGAAUUCUUAGAGAUUGCCAUGAAUAGCAUAGAAAAGCUGUCUGCGAAAUUACGCAAGGAGGGCGAUGGUGAAGCAGAUAUUCAUGUGUGCAGAGCUGAUGUGGAGAAGGACCUCUUCAAAGUGCUCUCUUAUCAGGCUGAAUCAGCAGUUGCUCAGGGGGAUUUUCAGAAAGCAACGCAAUGCGUGCAGCGCUGCAGGGACAUGUUGGUGAGGCUGCCCAGAGAGACCCGUUACCUGGCAAUCCUCUGUUACAACUUCGGAGUGGAAACCUAUGACUGCAGGAAGUAUGAGCAGAGCUCCGUUUGGCUCAGCCAGAGUUACGACAUUGGGAAGAUGGACGUGAAGAAUUCUGUUGGGAAAGAGAUGCAGGCCAAAGCGCUGCGCUUGUUGGCAACUGCCUAUUUCGAGUGGGACUGCAGCCUGCAUCUUGACAAGGCACUGAAGGCUAUCGACUUGGCAAACAAGGAGAAUUUGCAUCCAGCAGGGUUUUUUCUGAAAGUUAAAAUCCUUCUUAAAAGUGGAGCAUCAGAUGAAGACAUCAGCUCAGCUGUUGCAGAAUUCCAGCACCAUGAGAUGUCUUUAGACUUUUGUUUGAAUACUGCCAAGCUGCUGCUGGAGCAUGGAAGGGAAUCAGUUGGCUUUGAUUUCCUGAAAUCUGUUGCUGAACGAUUUGAAGCUUCACCUGACUUUGGAAAAGUCACCCUGCUCUACAUCGAGUUCUUGUUGCAGAAUAAGAGGGAGCUGCUUGCUAAGCAAAAGGUUGAAGAAAUUAUUAUAGGUCACUACACUGGGAAACAGCUGUUGCCUGAAACCUUGAACCGACUGCACAUCAUCCUGUGGGACACAGCUGCCAAACACUAUGAGGCAAAAAGCUAUUCUGAAGCUCUUAACUGGUACAACUAUUCUGUCAGCUUCUAUACACCUGGGCAGAUAGAUCAGAAUCUGGCUAAGUUGCAGAGAAAUAUGGCUUCUUGCUAUCUUCAUCUGAAACAAAUUGACAAGGCUAAAGAGGCAGUUAAAGAAGCAGAAAGGUGUGAUCCAAACAGCAUCUUUACUCAAUUCAGCAUCUAUAAGAUUGCAGUGAUGGAGAAUAAUACUGAUAAAGCUGUGGAUGCCAUUAUUGAAAUGGGGAAGCUAGCUGAAAAGCCAUCUCAACAUGAAGACAAGCUGGUAGUGGAUGAAAGUAUGAGCAGUAACCUCCUGAGUUUGGCUGCCCAAAUUGCUUUAGAGCAUGAUCAACAGGUUGUGGCUAUCAGAGCUCUGCAGCACCUGUCUGAACGUUCACAAGACUGCCGACAAGUAUUUGCAGCUUUAAAAUGUUUGGUUCGUCUUACGUUGUCAAAAGUAGAAAAAGAAGAGAAAAGAGAUGAAGACAUCAAGUCGAUGCUGACUUAUUUGACCUUGGCUCACCAGAAACUUGCUGAGCCUUUCACAGAGGAGAAUUUGACAAGAGAUGUAAGGACUUCAGAAGCCCACUGGUUUAGAAAAAUUGUUAUUCUAGCCUUUGGUUUUAUGUCUUUGUUAGCCUGGAACUUAGCUGUGCAGCUCAAGGACUGCCCUGACAAGAUGAGGGAUUUUUUUGUCCUGUCUUUCAAGUUAUCCCAGUUCUGUCCCUCUGACAAGGCUGUUCUAAUUGCUCAGAAGACAUGCUUGUUAAUGGCAGCUGCAAUUGAUCUGGAGCUGGGGAGACAAGAAGUAGCACUUUCUGAGCAGGUGGAGUUUUGGAAUCAGGCUCUCCAACAUCUCCAGGCGUGCAGAGAGAUUUGGAAAGUUCUGAAAUUAACAGGAGAUUUUUCUAAAGACCCAACAGACACUCUGUUGCUGCUCUAUGAAUUUGAAGCAAGAUCCAAGCUUAAUGAUCCAGCACUCAAUAACUUCAUGGAGUCACUGUGGGAGCAACCACACAUAGAGAUCAAGACACUAGAAAUCAUUGCAUCAUUAGCAAUGGAACCUCCAGCUCGGUAUCCUGUGCUGUGUAAGAAGGCUCUGAAGAGUGCCCUGAGCCUUUACAGAAAGCAAACUACCACUGAUGCUGUGAAAUUCAGCAACUGCUUGCAUAGUUUGAUUAAUCUUUCUUUGCCAACCGGAGUGACAGACUUGGAUGCCUGUGUGCUGCAGGAGGUGUGGGGCUACUUUGAAGAUGCUCUGAAUGUAGUCAGCAGCUCAGAUAGUUAUCCGGAGAUGGAGAUCCUCUGGUUGAUGACAAGAGCCUGGAACACAGGGAUAUUUCAGUUUACUGUUGGUAAAUAUCAGGAAGCAGAGCAGUGGUGUGGAUUAGGAAUGCGUUUCCUCAAUCAUUUAGGAUCUCUGAAGAAAAGCUAUGAGGGACAUAUGGUCGGCCUUUAUAGUGAGGUUCUGGACAAAUUGGACAGAGUAAAAGAGUGUCUUCCAAAUGAAGAAUAAUGAUAAGCACAACUGCAGGAAAGGAGGACAGCAGUUGGAAGCAUCCUGCUGCAGGAAGGAGGCUGUUGGCUCUGCGAGGGCACAGGAGCAGUGGGAAGGAAACCAGAAUCUCCCUCUUGUUGGCUAUUAAGUUAUGUGUUGAUUGAAUUCGUGUUAUUGUUUCCCUCUAGGAGAUUUUCAUUCUGUGGAGCUGUGUAGCAGAAAUAAAUACGUAAGUUUCUCUUGAGAUGGUUCUGCUGUUGUGUCACGGGUUAAUUGAAGUACCUGAUGUUAGUAGUAAGUGGCACUGUGAGCCAUGGAAGUAUUCCAGUACCAGGCAUCUCCUUGGGAUGCCACAGCUGCCGUGCUGCAUAAAUAUUUAUCAGAUGGUUUCGUUUUCAAUCCAUCUCAGUAGGAACAAGAAUUCAGAGCUGUUUGCCAUGAUGGCAGUUCAGAACAGAAAAGAGCAGGUGCUACCCAGCUCGCAGAAGAAAGCCACAGCUUUUGCUAUGUACUGCUUUUUUUUAUGGACUGCUGGCUGCAACAGGCAGAGCUCAGCAUGAAGUGCCCCCAGAUCCACAUAAAGACACAGGCUGGUAGAUGGAUGCAUCCAACUGCAGCUGGAUCACCUGAAGUGAUACAUCCCAUGUGAACCUCAGCCUGGAUAAGGGAUGAUGGAGUGAGGUUAAGAGAUCUUAGAUCAUAGUUCUGUGCAACCUCUGCUGUUUAAUCAGCAGCUUCAGAAGUCGGAAAAUAAAUGGUCUGAGUGUUAUUUUCAGUACUGCACUCCAUGACAUAUCUUGGUGUCCCCCUCCAGGGCAUAAAUCGUGGCUGCACUGAGUGCAUAUGAGCACAAGGUCAGAGUCUGUGUAGCUUCUGAUGUGCUCAAUCCUUUGGAAGAAAGUAACACUGCCUGGGAUGGGAGAAAGGGGCAGUGCACUGCAAUGAAGGCUUUGGAGUGCUGAGUUCUGUGGGGUGCAGCGGCUAAAGGUGUUUAUUAUAGGAGCUUAAACAAAAAAAAACCAACACAAAGCCACCCAAAAAGCUGAUGGGGUGCUUGAACAAAAACCACAGGUUCAGGGUAUCAGUGCCUCUUGAGAAGGUGAGGUGGGUAGCUGUCAUAGCUAGCACGUGCACACUGAUUGCUUUUCAGUUUGGGGAGUAAGAAGCCAUAAUGCACAACCAAGUACAUAUGGAAGAUUCUGUCUUUUGUGUGAUGAGCCACGCAUACAGUUGUGUGAUCUGUGCUAUGGGGAUUCUUCUGCUGUUUCUGUAAGAGGAAAUUGAAGAUGUGAGGGGCGCUGCACCUACUGGCAUUUAGGGUCCUCAUGUUUGCUUACCAGAGAGCUAGAAGUGUUUUGCUGCUUGAGAUUGAGAUCUCUGCAAGCAGCUGUUUUCAGCUCUUUAAUGCACAACGUGCUGUUUGUCAGAGAAAGACCUCUGAACCCCUCAAAAGCCAGACCUCAGCAGUGGCACUGAGUUCUGCUGCAGUCCCAGUGUUGGAGGCAUACACUGCAUUCCCUGAACCUGGCCACCAUGGCUGCCCUACAGUUCAGGUGCUCCUUGCUGCUGGUGCAUCUCUGCACUGCCUCUAAUGAUGCCCUCAGCUCUGACUUGCACAGACAGGUGAGGUCGUUGUGUGCCCAGUGAGUGUGGUAGGUAAUUGCAUACAGCCACUGGAAGAUAGCAAGCAUUUAAUGUGUUUUUGCCCACAGCCAGAACUGUGUGAUCAUUUUUAUUUUCUUAACAGCUCAGAUUGCUUUCUCUCAUGCUACAGCCUUCAGCAGAAUGGACUUGCUGGUAACAGUACUUCUUAACUCUUUGCUGCUCAUCUUUUGCAUUGUGCAUUUUAUUCCAGGCUUCAUAUUUACCACAGCUUUUAAAUAGAGCAAGAGUUCCUCUCCAGGUUGAAUCAGACCUUAAUGAGCUGGAUUCCCAGUUUAUUUUACCUAUUCCCAACAGGUAGUUUGUGUGCAAACACCCUUCUUUGCAGGCUGUUUGCUGGUGUAGAUGCAGGCUGGUCUGUGCAGUGGGCGUCUUAUUAGGCUGAGUGUUGCAUUGUGGUCCCAUUAGGGAUAGAAGGAAAAAUCAACUCAGUGCUGUUUGCUCCUCA